GGACGGCGGGCGAGGGGCAGGAGCCCCAGUCCUCCGGGGCAGGGAGAGGACGGCCGGUGCCGGCCAGGACCUCGCGGGACCGCGCCGGGGCCUUGGCGGAGGGACGAGCAGGCGGUGCCAGGACAGCAUGCGCGUCUCCGGAGGCUCCGACCCGGGGCCCUGGGGCAACUCCAGCGGCGCCAACGCCAGCUUGGACAACGAGGACCUCGGGAAAGGCGGCGGCCCGCCCGGGGACAGGCGCAACGAGGAUCUGGCCAAACUGGAGAUCGCGGUGUUGGCCGUGACUUUCGCGAUGGCGGUGCUGGGCAACAGCAGCGUGCUCCUGGCGCUGCACCGCACGCCGCGCAAGACGUCCCGCAUGCACCUCUUCAUCCGCCACCUGAGCCUGGCCGACCUGGCUGUCGCCUUCUUCCAGGUGCUGCCGCAGUUGUGCUGGGACAUCACAUACCGCUUCCGCGGGCCGGACUGGCUGUGCCGCGGGGUGAAGUACCUGCAGGUGCUCCCCAUGUUCGCGUCCGCCUACAUGCUGGUGGUCAUGACCGCCGACCGCUACAUCGCCGUGUGCCACCCGCUGAAGACGCUGCAGCAGCCGGCGCGCCGCUCGCGCCUCAUGAUCGCCGCCGCCUGGGUGCUGAGUUUGGUCCUGAGCACGCCGCAGUACUUCGUCUUCUCCAUGAUGGAGGUGAACAACGUCACCAAGGCCCGCGACUGCUGGGCCACCUUCAUUCAGCCCUGGGGCUCCCGCGCCUACGUGACCUGGAUGACCGGCAGCAUCUUCGUGGCCCCGGUCAUCAUCCUGGGCACCUGCUACGGCUUCAUCUGCUGCAACAUCUGGCGCAACGUCCGCGGGAAAACCGCGUCGCUCCAGAGCCCGGGCGCCGAGGGAGCUGGGGGAGCGGACGGCCUGCUCCGCCGGGGGCUCCUGCUGGCCCCGCGGGUCAGCAGCGUCAAGACUGUCUCCCGCGCCAAGAUGCGCACGGUGAAGAUGACCCUGGUGAUCGUGACGGCGUACAUCGUCUGCUGGACGCCUUUCUUCGUCAGCCACAUGUGGUCGGUCUGGGAUGAGAAGUCGAUGUGGACCGAGUCAGAAAACGCUAUGGUCACCAUCACUGCACUGCUGGCUUCCCUGAACAGCUGCUGCAACCCUUGGAUCUACAUGUUCUACAGCGGCCACCUCCUGCAAGACUGUGUGCGGAGCUUGCCCUGCUGCCACCGCGUGGAGCACAGACUCAGCAAAGGAGACACAGACAGCGUGAGUCGGAGACAGACUUCUUACUCCAACAACCGGAGCCCCUCCAACAGCACGGCCACGUGGAAGGACUCGCCCAAAUCCUCCAAGUCCGUCAGAUUCAUUCCUAUUUCAACCUGAGCCCUCUGUCCAUGCAGCCUAACUCCUGUGCUUGACUGUUUGGCCUAUUAGCUGAACUGAACAAAGGAACUUUACUGAGAUGAGCGUAAAUGAAUUCACUGGGUACCAGGCUGUGUUUCAGGCUCCAUUUUCACAUUGCUAUGACAAAAACUAUGAAUUAUUUUAUACGGAGUAUUCAUGAAAACACUGCACUAAAAUGUGCAGGCCUGAUUCCCAGAAAUAUAACAGAAGUUAUGUUUCCAGAGGAAAAAUUUUAACUACCCUGGCUUUAUAUCCUGUUGUUGGUUUCUGUGACUUUUCUCUUUUUCUGAGGUAAGAAGGGCUUGACUGGCACAAUUUCUGAACAAAGUGAGCUCAUCGUCAGCUGUAGUAUGUAAAGGAGACAUCAGAGAAAUUAGGUUUUCAUCCAAUAAAAUCAAUUUAUGCAUCAGAAAAAUGCAGCCCCAAAGGGUGGCCUGGAGUUGGGACGCCGUCUAGGAGAGGCGUGAGUGCCGGAGAGUACUGAGGAGGAGGAGGCCCGCUCAGCGCACCACGGGGAAGUUCUGUUAGCGGCUGUAAACCGUCCUGAUUUUCAAAAUGGUAACGUUAGAUCUGAGGUUCCUCACAUUUUAUCAGGCAGGAGUCUUUUAUGAUUCCUAAGAUGCUGAAAGUUAGAGAAAAUGUUGUCAACUGACUAAAAAAAUGUUUUUUUCCUACUACAAGGUUGUUUGAAAGUCAGAUUUCUAGGAGGAAUGCCCAAAUUUAUUAGAAAAACAGAAAAAGAUUGUCCAAGGUACUCUGUAGAGUACCAGGGCUGUACUGGCCCAAAAGUCAAAUGCAGACUAUUUGAGGCCUGUUUUCUUAUUUGUGGUGUCAGAUAUCACAAAAAUUAUGCAUGGACCAUGUUUUUGCUGGUGACAUGUCGUUAUUGUUUGUGUUUUUAACGUGUGGCCCAAGACAAUUCUUCCAAAGUGCAACAAGGGGGAAAAAAGGUUGGGGGCCGCGCCUGCAGCUCAAAGGAGUAGGGCACCCGCCCCAUAUGCAAGAGGUGGCAGGUUCAAACCCAGCCCCAGUCAAAAAAAAAAAAGGGUUAGAUAUCACUGCCACACUUUCUCUCUCUCAAACACUGUAAACAUAUUUUGACCAGAACAAGGGUAUCUUAUGCUAUGCUAGAAAUGCGGUCAUUAUCUUCAUGUUGAGGAACUAGAUUCCUAAAGAAAAGUCUCCUCAAGAAGGACUCAGGAUAUGAAGUGUCACCACACAUUUAAUUGAGAAUGGCUUGGUCUGUCUUUCCAAUCACCUUCUCAACUAACAGUUUCAUAGAGGAAAAGAGGUAGGGCUGGGGGCUGAAGAGCAGAUGGAGACGGAACUGUUCCACACCUCCUCUGACUGCCUUCUUAGUAAAUGCAUGACUUUAGGCAAGUUACUCAAACAGAAAGCCUCUGUUUCCUUGACUUACUCACGGGGUUGUUGUGAGGACUAAAUUAAAUAAAUGUGUGAGAAGAGCUUUGCGAACAGUAGAGUUCUAUGUACACACACUAGCAGCUGCUUUUAUUGUAGUCUUGGGAUCUACAAAACCUCACAGCUUCCUUUUCUAUCUCGUUUUCAUUAGUGAGAAUUGUUUGGUUUCAUGGCUAUGAUUUAAAAUCUUAAAAUUUAAAUACAGAUCUUCAGACGCACUGGAAAGCAUUGCCAAUGGCCACUAAACCUGCCCUCUCCUUUCCAAUUAAGUUUUCCAGGUUAAAGGCAGAACUUGCUGUCCUUUGAAUGCGGGUAAAUCAAAGCCAGCCGCGAGCUUUCGUUUUUCGUCAGAGAGGAAUUAUAACCCUAUCUGGCUGCCUUGCAUUUCCUAUCACUGGGACUCAGUCCUUUUCUAGUCAUUGUACCUGGCUCCUCCUUCUUAGAGAUAGAUCAUGAAGAGAUUUGAGGAUACGUCAUAAAUAUUUUGCAUCCUUUAGAAAAGUAAUCGUAUUGUUGGGUUUCUAUUUUGAGCUUUGUGGAUAAGAGAAUGAGGCCUGGAUAGCAUGGCAAAAACUUGGAAGCCCCAACUUCAUGCCUCUCAUUCUGCUGGCUCCAAAUUCUCAGCCCUAAGACUCCCUGGAUUGAUAUGCCUAAAAAAUGUUUCCAAAUGUUCUUUAGAGAUUACCCCCUUACCUUUUAGAAUUCUUCCUUCUAAAAAUAACCAACAUGUCUCUUAAAGGGCACUGUGCAGUGGAGCUACCAACUGAAUCAAUUCUUCUUUAUUUCAGUUAGAACAGCAUCUCAGUUGCCCUGCUGUGUAAGGCCAGCAGCCCUUUUCACGGCUUCUCUUUGAUAGUUGAGAUAGUGGGAAAUGGGCUGUCAGAUAAGAGAGCUGAGUACUAGUUCUAUGCUAAGCAAACAUGUGGGUUUUUUCUCUGUGGUUUGGAGAAACAUCAUCUCUUUAAUUGCUAAACUUUCUUAAUGUUAUGCACCCAGAAUGGUGUUCAUGUAUGUCAAAACUAUAUUCCAAAUUAGAGGUAAUAGGUGGUAAGGAGCAAGUAUUCAGGGAUGGAAAUUUUUCUUUUUUUGGACCAAAGAAUAGACAUGAGACAUUAUGCCCAAUUAUGGGAACUCAAAAUAAGCUUUCUUACGAAUAGUUCUUACGUUUUGUUAUAUCACCUUGUUUUAUUUUGCACAGUUAUCUGUGGGAAUACCCUUUAAGUACAAACUAUCUAUGUCAGUUUCAGAGAUGCAAUUUUAAAAUACCACCAAUAGGAAGACACUGGUCUACUGGGCAUGUGAUAAAUAUUAAUUAAUGAUGAAAAAGAAGCAUUUUAUAGUACAUAUUAAGUGCUUAACCCGUUAAUUUUGGAGCGUGUGUUUGUAAAAUGUAAAACAAUCUGGCUUUUGUUUUGAAAUUACAUUUAGAACAUAACUGUAAAGAAAAUUAGUGAAAUUCUUGUGUCAAUUAUAUACAUACCCCACACAUACAGAAUUUCCAUCAUCAUUAAAGAAGUCUUACACCCUGGUUAAGACAGGGUGUGGUUUUAGAGGGAAAAAAAAAUCAAGUAGGUUUUUUGUCUGUUUGUUUGUUUUAGCUGCCGGGAAUACUGUGUUGAAAAGCAGUCUUAUUAACAUGCAGUACUCUGCCAAACUUAUUACAGUUGCUAGAAUGGAUAACCAUUAAUGACUAAGAAAUACAACUUUCAUCUGUUAUUACACAAAUAAUCCAAUUAGGUUAAGUUUUAUGUUUUUCAGAUUCUAAAACUGAUACUUUUCUAACUGAUUUGAACACCUGGUGCUUUAAAUUACAGCCUGAGAGUUUGCCGGAAACAUAAUUAGAUGCCACUUGGGGAAAAACUGAACCCCAUCCUGUACCCCAAUGUCAGAGAUUGGGCUCCUAUAAACUCACACAGGUCGGAGCCCUAUGGAUUUUCACAGUGGAGGCACUGGUCUGUGCAGAGUCCAGGGCAGGCCACCUGAGGCGCUCAUGCGGGAGAUCCAGAAGCAGCCGCUGCCCCCUCCCUCCCCUCAGUGCGGCUCUGAUAGUGCCACUCAGUGCCAUUGGAAACAAAUAAGGUUCUUGAUUAGAAUUGGAUCUCAGCCAAUGUUCAUAAGAAAGCUUAUUUUGAUUUCCCAAGAUAGCCUAAAUGGGUUAAAUCACACGAAUUGUAGAAUUCCAUUUUACACAUACAUAUUUCAAGAAUAUUAUUUUAACAUAAUGUUUAGGCAUAGUAAAUUAUCAGAAAUGAAAAUAUGUGACCUAUAGUGUGUCAGCAUCAAAAAUAUAUAUUAUGAACACACUAAAAAUUAAAUGCCAUUUUUUCUUUUUUUCAAUUUUACAUUGAUCUAUAUUCUAAACAAAAAUAAAAACAAGGUAUUAUAGAAUGAAUGAAAUAUUUUUGUGUUCCAGGGUCAAAUUAACAAAUUUAGGAAAUAAAAAUCUGAGAACAAAUCUGAUAUUAACAUCGGGAUAAUUAUUAUUAGCAUAAAGUAAUAAGCAUUUCCACAGUCAGGGUUUCUGACUUAAAAUAUAUUCUGUGAUGCUUUUAACUCAUCGCUGUAACACAUUUACCAAGAUUAGUGUUGUUUAUUUAGUAUUGCAUUUUUGGAACUGCUUUAUAAGUGUUCUCUAUCCUCUGACUUGCUACAUUAUGUAGAAGAAUUUCUAUGUGUUUUUCCUGGACCAAUUGCAUGAUUCUCAUUUUGAACAGAUAGUUAAACGUUUUGUGAUUAUAUCUAAUAUUUUGUCUUUUACAGAAAAAAAUGGCUUGUGAUAUUAUACUGAACAACUAAUAUAUUUAUUCUUCAAUUUAAGUAUAUGUUGGCUUGUUUCUAUAAAUAAAAACAAAUUUUGGACUUGUCUGAAAUAAUUGUUUCACAACUGAGUUUGACAAUUAAAUAUAUUUCAAGUUAACUAUAUUAAAAAAUAAUGUCUGGUUUUACAGUUGGUAGCUAUGGAUAUGCUUGUAUUUGAGUAGAAAAAUGUUUAUGUUUUGCUAUUUGGCUAUAGCAAGAAUAUGUGAAACUUUGUCAUGGCCUUUGAAAUAAAUUACAAUAAAAAACAAAUCAA